AUGACGAUCAAAAACUCUGACCCCAAACCUGAACCACCCCUCCAUUUCCGCGUCGCCACCCCUGCCGACGCGGGCCUUAUCCAGCCGCUCGUGCAAUCGGCCUAUCGCGGCGAUGAGAGCCGCCAAGGCUGGACCACCGAGGCCGACCUGCUGAAGGGCAAUCGCAUUAACAUCGCGGGGAUCCUCGCCAAGAUCACCAAUCCGGACAGCGCCGUCCUGCUGGCUUUCACUGGCUCCUCUCCCGCCGCCACCAAAAACAAUUCCGACGCCAACACCAACAAUGGCAACGACAACAACAACAACAACAACAAUAACAACCCCGACGGCCUUGCACUAGUAGGAUGCUGCGAAGUCGCUCGGCUGCCGGGUGAAUCAUCAGCCUACUUCGGCAUGUUCGCCGUGUCUCCGCGGUUGCAGGGGGGCGGGAUCGGGCGACGGUUGCUCGCGCACGCCGAGGCCUACUGCCGCGCCGCGUGGGGCCCCGGCACGGUGCACAAGCUCGAGAUGACUGUCAUCUGGACGCGCGCGGAGCUGAUUGCGUGGUACGAGCGGCGGGGCUACCGGCGGACCGGCGAGACGCGGCCUUUUCCACUGGCAGAGGUUGAUGGGGCUGCGUUGAGGGAUGAUUUGUACUUUGUGGUGUUGGAGAAGGAUUUGUCUAUAUAUGGCACUGCACCUAUCUAA